AUGCUCUGCAGGUUCUCCGCCCUGCAUCGUCCCCUCCUCUCUCCCUCUUCACGACUUGUACGACCUCCCAAUCCACUCCGACAUGCAUCCAACUUCUUCACACCAAAUCCCAUCAACCGUUUUCGGUGGCGGAGAACACUGUGGCUGCUUCCCGUCGGCGCAGGACUUGUUCUAUACUAUAGACCCCAGCAGAAGCCCGUCCUGCCCUCUAUCAUCUCGUCUCCCUCCAUCAUUCCUUGCCAGACACGGCCACAACUCAUCAUCGAAUCGCCCUUUGAGGAAGAACUAACAAUUAGCGCUCGAAUACGAGCGUUUUUUCACGACAGAAUAUGGGAGCCAAUCCUCACCGCAACGCGUUUCAUUUAUCUUUUUGCGUUAUUCGUUCCCGUUAUUGUAACCAGUCCGAUGCUUCUCAUUGGAAAACCGGAGAAAAGAUAUCGAGGAGAUCGCUGGGGAGCUGUAUGGUGGUAUGAUUAUUUGGUUGGCAAGAUGGAGACUGCUGGACCCGCAUUCACCAAGCUUGCGCAAUGGGCCGGUUCAAGAGCGGAUUUGUUUCCGUCUCUCCUUUGUGAUCGCCUUGGCAGGCUGCAUUCGAAGGGCAAAUCCCACUCGAUGGAACAUACGCGCAAACAGAUUGAGCAAGCCUUUCAACGGCGAUUUGAAGAUGUCUUUGAAGAGUUUGACGAAGAACCUAUUGGAACUGGGGCUAUAGCCCAAGUAUAUCGCGCAACUCUUAAGCAAGACCUAAUUCCGCCCUCAUUUCUUGGACCGCGUCGACUUGUCAGAGGUCCCACUGGUGCCCCUCGCCCCCUUGCAAUCAAAGUCCUCCAUCCCCGAGUCAACAAAACGAUUUCGAGAGACCUCUCGAUCAUGUCCUUCUUCGCCCACUUCAUCACUCUCUUCCCCGGUAUGCAGUGGCUUUCCCUACCAGAAGAAGUGGAUGUGUUUGGCAAGAUGAUGUUCCAGCAGCUUGAUUUGCGGCAUGAGGCGGAGAAUCUGCUCGGUUUCGAGACAAAUUUCGCAUCCAGGAAAGUCCCUGUCACGUUCCCGCGACCGUUAACGUCGUGGUCGACGAGUGAGGUGCUUGUGGAAGAAUUUGAGAAUGCAUUACCUCUCGAAGCAUUCCUCAAAAAUGGUGGUGGACCCUUUGAGGAUCAGGUGGCCACAGUAGGACUUGAUGCUUUCCUGAAUAUGCUUUUACUGGAUAAUUUCGUUCACUCAGAUCUUCAUCCUGGAAAUAUCAUGCUCAAGUUUAGCAAGCCACCCACCACGCGCAUGCUCCUCAGCAACAUAUUCAACUCGCUGCUGAAUCGCAACCAGCCAACUUCUACAGAUCCCUUCCCGACAUCCUCCGAGUCGGAUCAAAUCGUGUCAGAGUUACGCAAACUUGUCAACAAUCCUGUCGGCUGGCGCACCAAACUCAAUGCUCUCGGCGCCGAAGGAUAUGUCCCUGAGAUUGUCUUCAUAGAUGCAGGACUGGUAACCACACUCUCCGAAGUCAAUCGCAAGAACUUCCUCGACCUCUUCCGGGCCCUGGCAGAGUUCGAUGGGUACCGCACCGGCCAACUUAUGGUAGAAAGAUGCCGCACCCCAGAGCUCGCAAUCGAGACCGAGACCUUCGCGCUCAAGAUGCAGCACUUGGUUUUGGGCGUCAAACGCAAGACAUUUUCGCUGGGCCAGGUCAAAAUAUCCGACAUCUUGACUGAAGUCUUGAGGAGCGUGCGCGAGCAUCAUGUCAAGAUGGAGGGUGACUUCAUCAAUACGGUCAUCAGCAUUUUGCUUCUCGAGGGCAUCGGCCGGAGACUGGAUCCCGGACUGGACUUGUUCAAGAGUGCGCUGCCCAUAUUGCGACAAUUGGGCGGGCAGAUGGCGGCUUCCGCUACGAUACAAUCAGAAAAACAAUCUGGCAAUCUUGGGGCGAUGUUGAAGGCGCGUUUUUCUUUUUCUUUCUUGGUACACAACCUUUUCUGA